GUCGUAAUCUCUGGAUGAGUUUGUGUGUCGCAAAAUGUUUUGAAAUUUCCUUUACGUAAUCGCGGACAACCGGUCGACGUAUCGUGCAUAGAAAUAUCGAGUGGACUCGAGUGGAUGUCCAUCCCUGCGAAUAUCUUCCAAGUCUGAAUGAGCCUCCGUUAGCUUGUGCAUGUUUUACGGAGGAAGUUGCGUGUUUCUGAAAGUACGCGAGGAGAAAUAAAAAAGAAUUCUUCGCUGCACCCUGCAUCGACGCCACGUCGCGGAAAGCGGAGAACGAGGUAAAACAAACGGAAGGAAAAACCAGUGAAAAAGUGUGAUUUCUAACUGUCAAAUCAUUGAUAUUCAUGCGACGAGUUCGAAAGGUGCGUGCGCGUCGUCGCCGGCUUCCGCCUUCACGAUCUACCUGCGCUGUUUGUUGUUUCAUCUGUAAUUCAUCGGUGCCGAUGAUGGUGAAGACGUCGUCGCCUUGCCUCGAAUCCUCGACGAUGCGACAACGGGGUUUGAUAUUUUCGCCGAAAAUGAUACCUGCAUACCUGAUCUGCACAGCGAAGACGAGGCAGUCCGUACGGUUAAAAAAUGGGGUGCUUCGGGAGCAAGGAUAAGCUGAGCAAAGAGGACAUGGAUUUCCUGAAGUCGCACACGCGGUACGACGAAGCCACCAUCAAGGAAUGGUACAAAGGAUUUAAGCAAGACUGUCCAAACGGCAGACUGACUCCGGCCAAGUUCGUCGACAUGUACAAAAUGUUUUUCCCCUCUGGUAAUGCCGAGGAAUUCUGCGACCACGUCUUCCGCACAUUUGACAUGGACAAGAACGGCUACAUCGACUUCAAGGAAUUCCUAUUGGCGAUAGACGUUACAUCUAGCGGGACACCCGAGGAGAAAUUAAAAUGGGCCUUUCGAAUGUACGACGUGGACGGAAAUGGCGUAAUCGACAUCCAGGAGAUGACGAAGAUUGUGCAGGCGAUUUACGACAUGCUCGGCGCAUGUUCGAGCAACAGGCCAGCCGACAGCGCUGAGGAGAGGGCGAAGAAUAUCUUUGCCAAAAUGGACGAGAACAACGACGGACAGCUGACGCAAGAGGAAUUCCUUAAGGGCUGUCUGCAGGACGAAGAACUCUCAAAGAUGCUGGCACCUUAAUCCCUAUUCGCCGGAACAAGAUAAGAUAUAUACAUAUAUACAAUAUGUUGAUUUGCUAAACACGGUCACGUUUCAAUAACAGCGCAUAUGAAACGCUAUAUACAGAAUAUACCUACACUAAUUUACAUUCGUUACGCGGCGUUGAUCUUGAUACAUGUCAGUACGUACACCGUAACGGUCAGAUCUGGAGCGAAAUGCGCUUUCUUUCCGCGUUAUCUGAAACCGGAUGAAUCUUCCGUUCGUCCGUUCAUCUUUAAAAAUGGAAAAAAAAAAAAAAAAUGAAAAGAACAAACAAACAAGAAACUGCCGAUCAAAAAAUAUCAUUCUUUCCUUUGGACGUUUUCAUUAUUCUUCUGUCAUUCAGACUGGGCGUACUGGAAAGAGUCGCGUAUUUUUUGAUUCAAUAAUCGUUUGAUUGGGAUGCGCGAUCGAAACUUGAACGGAAAAUAUGAAGAAAAAGAGGUCUGACCGUCGUUCCGCGCUGAGGACGGAAAUUCAACCGGUAUCAGGCUGCGCUCGCGAUAAUUGCAGUUAUAACAUUACACUCUGAAUCUGAAUAAUUCUCAACACCUAUAUGUCGAUUAUUCGCAAUACACCUAUUAUACAUACGUCGUAUUAUCUUGAUUGAAAGUGCCAUGGAAGAAAUAUACAGAAAUGAAUCGCGCCGCACGGUCCGAUAAUCCAGUCGUCUUUUAUACAUAUAUAGGGGAUCGCAUUUGUCGUGAACCAUGCUUACGCACGUAAAACGAUCACGCACACAUCAUGCAUAUAUAAUAUGUUAUAUAACUAAUAAAUAAUGCCGGCGAAACAAAACGGAGUUCACACGUUGUAUCAUAAGGCUUUGACAAUUACAUCGAUUUUAGUCGGUUAUAAUACAUAGUUAAUCUUAAAUUAUAAAUUAUAAAUUAUACAUAUAUACACGUACACAAACGCGCGCACACACAAAUAUAUAUUAAUUAUAUAAAUAUAUAAGAGAAUUGAGUGGCACAUUCCAUUUAUAGAUUUGCCAACGGAAACCGUAAGCGUACAUAUGACGUGCGUAUGCGGAGAUAAGUAGUAUAAAUUAUACAAUAGCGGGGACGUUAAAUCGAGGGUUUAUUUCGUGGAAAAUAUUCCGCUGAUACAGACGAGGAACGAGAAAGCUGUCUUGGAAAACAUGAAAAUCGAUAAAUCGUAUUUCGCAAGCACGGCCGCGGAUCGAGAAGAGGUGGUGAGCGCAGAAAUUGAGAACAAAUAAUUGCUUGCAAACGGUGAAUUUGCGGCUUGAACGGCUAUUGAUCGAGUGAUGAAAAUGAAGAAAAAAUGAAACGAAGCGAAACUAAUUCCAAAUCGACCCCUCCGACGAUACGUGCACGUACCCAACAACGCUCUGUUCCCAUUACCUUCGCGAAGUAUGCGCGCGGAAUUAAAUUCCGAUCGAUACUACACAUCCCACCUUACACGUACGUAUACGUUGAGCUAUUUUAAAAGAGAAUCGUCUGCCAGGCUUCGUCAUACCUCCGUACCGUGUAUAUAUUUAUAUACAUGCAUAUACAUGGGGUGCAAUUUGUCGGUUUGAUUAUACAGAAAUGCCUGGUUGAAUUCGAACAGCCUCGUCACGUUCUGUACAAGUAUAAUAUUUUGCGCGGAAUAUACCCUCAAAAUUUCUAUAUUGUAUACACCCUGCGAUUUCGGUGGCAAGCAAGAAGCUUCUCGCGCUUGAGUAAAACGAACAAAAAAACAGAAAAGAAAUUUAUUAAAAAAAUUCCUAACCCUUUAUAUUAUCUGAUUGUUAGAUUCAAGAUUUCUCGAGGUUAUUAAUAAAUUUGUUAUUGUACGAAAGAAAGAAAGAAAUAUGUCAGCUGAUUAGGGUUUCAAUAUACCUACGUAUAUAUGCCUAUGCAUAUGCAUACCUACACGUAUGAGCUGUAACAGAUAUAUAUAUAUACCUAUAUGGAAUAUACAUGUAUAUAUAUUUCAAUAAAUGUUCAUAUUACACCGUUGUCAUUUUUAUCUCUGGUUAUACAUAUAUAUAAAUAUAUUAUAUAUAGUUAAAUUUUAAGAUCCAACCCGAUAUAUCAAUAAUAACGAUAUAAUAUGAACAUAUAUAUACCAUACAUUACGCAAAGGUAAUAUACUUACUUUUACGAUAUUUGCACACCGGCUAGCAUUUAUAUAUUAUUAUAUGAUACAAUACGCGAUAAAUGAAUAAUUAAUUCAGUAAUUAAAUAUUACAGUAUAAUUACUCAUCGAAUAACAAUAAUAAUUAUAUGGAAAUAACGUAUAAGAUGCGAUUGCAAGAGAACGUGGUCGAACGAAAUAAAAAAAGAAACCACGUUGAAAAAAAAAAAAAAAAAAUACAAAGCCUGCUGUUCUUUGACACGUAAUGCGUAAGCAACGUUGAAACGUUUGAAACGUUGCCGCGCGGCUGAAGCAGUAAUGUUGAAAAAAAAAAAAGAUAAAGAAAAAGCGAAACACAAUACCCGUUGCUUAUUACUUUUCAUCAAUCUCAUCUUUGCCAUUCCAAUGAUUUAUCGGAAUUGUGAAGAUACGCAAUUCGAGAAAUUUAAUCAUUCGCUUGCACUGGAGUAAUUUAACUCAUUAUCAACGUGGAUACAAAUUUGUUAUUCGUCUCUCGAAAUGGAAAUAAAGAGAUUAAAAAGAAAAUAAAAACUAGAUACAUGCAGCGGUAGCUGCGCGUACACGACGUUCUCUCAAAGCGGUAUCUGAACCGUGGUUUCCUGAAAAACGAAUAUUCAAAUUUAUUCCGAUACCUAAGCGUUGCAUUAUUUAUUUUUUUUUUAAUUUUUCUCCUAGUCGCGAUUUUCCAAUUUUCUUGUCGUGUCCAGCAAUUAGAAAUAUUGGACAAAAAAGUAUCCCUCUACACGCUAUAGCGCUUAAGGUUACCUGCGUAAAUUCUUAGCUAAUCACUUUUACCUAUAUACCUACACGUACACAAAAUCUAGCGAUAUAGGCGUAAGGGGAAUUUCAAAUCUUAAAACGUUAGGUAGUAACUUAAUGAUACGCCUCAUCUGCAGAGUGAUUCGUAUUUAUACCUCUAUAUAAUAUAUACCGUCUGUAAUGAAGUGUGAAGAAACGUAAGCAGACUAUUACAAUAUAAUGUCUACGAAAUUAGUGAUAUAGCAUUCGACCAAUUGCAUGUCUUAAUUAGGAAAAAAUAAUAAAAA